AUGCAAGGUCUACGGCCCCUCUCGCGUUUGCUGCGCCGUCCGGUGGUGCGGGGGCAUUGCACCGAGGCCUCGCUUCCCCGGCGCGUGGCGCCUCGUCGCGAGCCCGAGAACCCGUACCGAAGCCUGUGCAAGCUGACGCUGAUCGGGCGGACGGGCUCUCCGGCGGAUGUGCGCGAGUUUGACGACGGCUCGUCGUCGCUCACGCUCAACAUCGCCACCAAUCAUAACUCGGGCGGGGCGAACGACUGGAAGGUCGAGACGCAAUGGCAUAAGGUGUUUGUGGCGGGCAAUGUCACAGGGUUUGGCGUGCUCAGUGAGCUGGCUGUUGGCAGUUUGGUGUAUGUCGAGGGGAAUAUGCGCGUGGCCACGGUGGAGAGGGAGGGGGAGAUGAAGCAGUAUGUGAAUGUCAAGGUGGGGAGAGGGGAGGGCAUGGUCAGAAUACUGUCGUCUCCUAGGCGACAAGAUGAGAUGCCCUUUUGA